AUGGUUGUGGAAGAAUCUAGGAAGGAAGCAUCUUCCGACGAAGAUGAAGAUAAAAUGGUUGUGGAGGAAUCUAGGAAGGAAGCAUCUUCCGACGAAGAUGAAGAUAAAAUGGUUAAGGAUUGCGCUCCAACUCACAAGCCCAGGUUAACUCAGCAGUGGAUGCAAAAGAACAUCAUAAUUCAUCUCUGCCUCGGAUUGGCCCUCAGGAAGCCCUAACCUCAAACCACUAGAUUAUCCGCUUUGGUCCGAACUGGAGAAGAUGGCAUGUCACAGAGCACACCCUAAACUUGAAAAUCCUCAAACAAUCUCUGGUCAGAGCAGUUGAGCGCUUUCCUCAAGAAGUGCUGUGUGCUGCUAUUGACGACUGGCCACGGAGAUUAAAUGCCUGUGUCAAAGCAAAAGGGUGACAUUUUGAGUAAUUUCUUUUUUUUUCGUUUUAUUCUCUAUAGAUAUACAUUUUACUUUCUAAUAAACUUUUUGAAAAAUUAAUUUUUCUGUUGAAAUAUAAUUUGUAAUUCUGUUAAAAUAU